UCUGGCCUGUGUGGGAUUCUCCCACUACAGUUUUUGCUCGGUGACCUACAGGCACACACACACAAGAAAAUGGAGAGGACACCGAUAAAGAAAGAGCAAGAUAACGGGCAGACGGAGGAGGAGGAGGCGGUGCGCCUUCGGAGGGAGAUCGGCCUGCUGCCUGCUGUGUCCUUCAUCAUCGGGACAGUGGUUGGCAGUGGGAUCUUUAUCGCUCCGAAGGGAGUGUUGAUGAACAGUGGCAGUGUGGGGCUGUCUCUGCUGGUGUGGGCACUGUGUGGCGUCCUGUCCUUGUUUGGGGCCUUAUGUUAUGCUGAACUAGGAACCACUUUCACCAAAUCCGGGGGUCACUAUACUUAUCUGCUGGAGACACUGGGGCCGCUACCUGCAUUCUUGAGACUCUGGGUUGAGUUCUUAUUCAUAAGACCAGCUGUGGCGUCCUAUGUCUCCCUAGCUUUUGGACGCUAUGUUGUUGAACCUUUCUUUUCCCCUUGUCCUGCUCCUAUGGCACUGAUCAAACUCGUCAGUAUCCUCGGAUUGACAUUUGUUGUGGCAGUUAACUGUUGGAGCGUAACCAUGGCCUCCCGCAUUCAGGUCACCUUGACCUUUAUCAAGAUGUUUGCGCUGGUCCUCAUAAUUAUUCCCGGGGUCAUUGCACUGGCCAAAGGAAAGACAGAGAAUUUCCAGAACGGAUUUGAGUUGGACUCCAUAACCCUGGACAGGUUGCCUCUGGCCUUCUAUAAUGGUUUAUACGCGUACGGCGGAUGGUUCUAUCUGAACUUUGUCACAGAAGAAGUGAUAAACCCAAACAGAAACAUCCCUCUGGCCAUAAUAUGCUCCAUGGUGACAGUGACCGUCUUUUACGUGCUUGUAAAUGUGGCGUACUACACCAUGAUGACACCCGCCGAGCUGCUGCUGUCUGAUGCUGUGGCUGUGACGUUUGCAAACCGCGCUCUUCAAGGGGUAGCCUCGGUCAUUCCGAUCCUUGUCGCUUUGUCUUGCCUCGGAGCUCUUAAUGGCGGCUUCUUCGGGUCACCCAGGAUGCUGUUCGUGGGUGCCAGAGAAGGCCACUGGCCACCCAUCUUUUCCAUGAUUCACAUCCGACGACGCACACCUCUGCCUGCUGUACUCUUCCUGUACCCGUUGGUGGUGGUGAUGUUAAUCACCGGGGAAAUCUACCAGCUCAUCAACUUCGCCUCUUUCUCUCGCUGGUUCUUCAUCGCCCUGGCAACCUUGGGCAUGCUCGUCCAUCGGUACCGCUUCCCCCACCACCCGAGGCCCUUCAAGGUCCCUCUGGCCAUUGCAGUCACCUUCACGGUGGUUUGCUUCUUCAUCGUUGGCCUGUCGCUUUACUCGGACCCCUGGAACACGGGACGGAGCUGCGGCCUCACGCUAACAGGAGUGCCGGUUUACUAUGUGACCGUCUAUCGCUUUCGGGUGCCCCGUAGGUUAAGGCACGUUUUCAACUGUUGCAGCAAGAGGCUGCAGAUCCUGCUGGAAGUGGCUCAACAGGAGGUCCAGACAUACUGAAGACCGCCAAAGACGUUUAGUUCUCCACAGUCUUCACUCCUUAAAGUUUCAAUUAACUAGAUGAAAGAAUUGUUAAUAUACUUUUUGUUUUUAAAUAUCUGAAAGAGAUAUGUGUUUGUUUGCUGUUUUAGCAAGAUCUUCUCUUGGAGAAUAUUUGUUUUCAGUCCAAACAUCACGGCGAAUUGCUAAAGUAUUGAAAAAAAAAGAUAUAUAUAUAUUUUCAGGUUACAAAUUUCACGUGUCGACCCUGGAUUUCAUGUCUGAUGACUGCCAAGCCCGUAGAAACAAGAAGUCGACUAAAUACAGCCUGUAAAACAACACGGAGCAGCUUAAAAGAUCUUUAAAAAGCGAGAAGUCGUGCCCAGAUCAAGAGAUUUAAGAACAGGCGAGGAACAAAGCCAUUGUCACCUCAUCUGGGUUUACACGCCAUUUCUGAGUUGGGAACUCCAGUGGGAGGAAUUACCACUAAGGUGGCAAAAACAUGUAAGUCAGUAUUCAUGUUAUAACAAUAAAAAAUAAGAAUAAAAAAGGGACUGCAGGCAAAAACGGCAUCCGUGGAAGAGGUCCCAGACCAAAACCUGUGCUGACAUUGGAAUAUGUUAUAAAAAAUGUUUUUUUAAGACUUUGCUCAAGGCAAUUUUUUUUAUAUUUCUACACCAUAUGAUAAGGAGUAUGUUAAAGUGUCGGUUUCAUUUAAAAUAAAGCCUCCCAUGUACAACAGA